UAAACAAAGACGUUCACCAUAAUUUUGGUGAGCGAUUCAAACUGUAUACCAAUAAUAUGGCCCAAAUGGCAAUAACUUUGCUCACGAGAGCAAUCGAAUACGACAUAAACGGUCGAAAGCUAGAAUCGCUCAAACUGUACGAAGAUGGCAUCGAAGCACUACUCAAGGAAUCGAAAGCUGAGACGGACCCAAAGCGGAAGCAACACUUCCAAAAUAAAAUCCUCGAGUAUAUGAAUCGAGCCGAACAGGUGAAGGAAUUGGUGACACGCUGGAAGAGUAGAGGAGAAAUUCGGGACAAGAUACACGUUGUGGACGGUGCAACAGGUUACAGCUACGGGAGGGUGUUUGGACUGUACAUGACGGAUGAGGUAAAGGAGAUUUUGGUUGAGGAACCUUACGUGAGGGAACACCAUCAGGUGUGCAAUUUGGUGAUGUUUUGCGAGUUGGCUGUGACGAGUUGCAAGAAUUUAAAGUUUGUCAAACUGUUGACCGUACGGGAGUUGAAGAGCAAUGACGAACAGGGGCGGGCAUUUCAAAAGCUGAAGGAAAGUCUACAGAAGCAUGGAGUGGAGUUCUUCGUAGAAUAUUCCCCAAAUAUGCAUGAUCGGCAAGUGAUACUUAGUAAUGGAUACAUUGUUAAAAUCGGUCGGGGACUGAACUAUUUUAAGCCUACCCCUAGCAAAUAUUGUCUAGGAGCGUUUAAUUACCAUUUUAGGGAAUGUAGAGAAACAAAUAUUGAUGUGUUUUAUUGUCCUGAAAAUGAUAAAGCAUAAAUUAUUUU